AUGGAUUGGGAUGCUUUGUGUUUCAAUGUUGCCACUUUGAUUGCAGGCGUAUUUGUUCUUGACUAUGGUGCUGACAAGUUUAUCGACCAUACCGUCAUUAUCGGGCGGCGCCUAGGCAUCUCGCAAACUGCCAUUGCCCUCUUGACAGCUGGCGCUGAAUGGGAAGAGCUCGCCGUGGUGGUUGCCGCCAUCCUGCAACAUCGCAGUCCACUAGCCCUUGGGAAUAUCAUAGGUUCGACUAUCUCCAACAUUCUCGGCGCCUUUUCUUUGGGGCUACUCUUUUAUCCCCAUGGUUUGGAGUUUGACCGCAGCGCAAAAUUAUACUCGGCCCUGCUGUUUCUGGUUACGACGCUCUUCGUGGUGCUGGCAUUCUUUAAUCAAUUUAGCCGGUUUGUCGGUGGGGUUUUGAUUGCCAUAUUUGCGAUCUAUGUCGUCUCUAUCAUCUAUGCCAUCUACAAAGGUGUAGCCUCGCCCCCAGAGCUAUCCGACAGUGAUAGCUACGGGGAAUACAGCGGUAGUGAUGACGGCGAAUCCGUCAAUCAUGCCACUAUCUCUGAGAACGACCAUCUUAUUGAGAAUGAACAUACGCCGUCAUCAACAGACCAAAGGAGCAGACAAAGCAGAAGCCUUACUUACCACAUUUUCCAACUCACUCUCGGAUUUAUCUCGCUCUCUUUGUCAGGAUACAUCCUCUCCCAUAGUGCCGUCACCAUCGCCGACUCUCUGCAUUUCUCGGGAACCGUUUUCGGUCUGACGGUUGUCUCUUUUGCCACUACUCUCCCAGAGAAAUUAGUUGCAAUACUCAGUGGUUCUCGCGGCCACGACGGCAUUAUGGCUGCGACGACGGCAGGAAGCAACAUUUUCCUGCUGACGCUCUGUGUUGGUGUCGUUGCAGUGGCGGGGUACCAGGUACAAGAGGCGGAUAAAAUUGUGCUUUUUGAGCUGGUGGUAGUGUGGGUGUCCUCUCUGCUCUUAUGUGCAGUCAUCUUUUUGGGAAUGGGGAGGAAUGCAGGUUUAGUGCUCUUGGCUGCUUACAUUGGGUUCCUCUGUCUGGAGUUCACCGUUUAUCGGCGGUGA